CUCCGGUCUCCCUGGGGCUCUGACUCCCACCGCCUCAGCCUGUGUCACCGUGUCCAGAGACACAAUGAAGAGAGAGUGGCCUUCAGAUAGAUGCUAAAGCCUAGCUGCACAGAAAUCAAAGUGGAACCGAACACUGAAACACAAUGCCAAGAGCAAAGGAAAGAAAACAAAAACCCAAAGGGGCUCCCCCAUCGGUGGUCCCUGGGCUUCAGAAGUUCCUGAAGACAUACCAGAGGCACUGCACACAGACGCGGACCUCCGUGUGUCCUGCCAUCCAAAGAGACCUGAAGAACGCCAUUGACAGUGAGCAGGUCCUUAAAAAGUUUAUGCUUGUAAGAGCUGGUGAUGCCACAACAUGCAGCCUGCCGGUUUCCUUGGAGCCUUUGCUCAUGACCAUCCGAGAUGAGAGCUACACGCCGGCCAAGGAGAUCUGCAUCUGGGGCCUUCAGCUGACCAACCCGGAGGUCGCCAGACUCGCUUUGUUUCUGGAGCAGAAGGGGCACGCCGCUUGCCGGGUUACUACUUUGGAAAUCGUUGAUUGCAAGAUGGAUCGGUGGUCUCUGGGGCGACUUGGGAAAGCCCUGCAGUUCAGCAGUUUGCACUUCCUGGUCCUCGAUUACUGCAAGUUUGGAAAUGAGGAGCUUGAAUGUAUCUUCUCAUGCCUGGAAAACAACCAAAGCCUCCAAGGCCUCAGUCUGCGCUACUGUGGGCUGAGGCCCCAGAGUGGGCCACGGCUGGGCUCAGUCAUCAGUCAGAGUGCCAUUUGUGAGCUGCACCUGGACGGAAAUUAUUUGCAGUGUUCUGGGGCUCUGUCUCUACUCAGACCCAUAGCAGAAUAUGCAGAGAUGCAGGGGACAGAGCAGGCCGCCUUGGCAUCAUCACACGAGGGAAAUCCCCCUCAGCUUCCCCAAGUAUGCCGGAGAGGAAGCUCAGCUUUGAGCCAGAUUGCAAAACCUUCCGAAGCUGUAACAGCAAAAAGGACCUCACAGAAGAAAAGGGGGGGAAAAGGAAUCAGGGGAAAAGUCAGAAGCUUGAUGGAAUCGGGCCCUUGGGUCGUAACGCUGCAUUUAGCAGAUAACAGCAUAGACGGGAUGGGAGCCGAGGGAGAGCGACUGCUGGAAUUCACGCGGGCCUUAACAUGCCUGAUCAAAUACUCUGCUCACCUAAGGGAAAUCGACCUUGGAAACAACCACCUGGGAGAAAAGGCUGCAGCUGACAUCUUGGAAGCACUGAGAGCCAGGAAGACAGGUAAACUACCACCCAUAACAAUUACAGUCACUCCCCGGAUUUCUUCGGACACCUUCAGAUCUAUUUGGAAACUUAGCAAGAAAUGUAAAACGGCCCGUAAAAAGAAGAAAAAGGUAAAAAACUGAAUACAGAUGCCAUUUUCCCCCCAAUGGAUAUCACCUAUUUUCUUGUCUAGACAGACAUAGCUAAAAAGAGACUUUUCGGGGCUUGGAGAGAUGGCUCAGAAGUUAGGUGCAUUGGCUGUUCUUGCAAAGGUCCUGAAUUCAAUUCCCAGCAACCAUGUGGUGUCAUCUCACAACCAUCUACAAUGAGAGCUGGUGCCCUCUUCUGGUGUGCAGGUGUACAUCCAGGCAGAAUACUGUAUAAAUAAUA